UUUGACUUUCGAAAUAUUUUCCCGCUUCGUUUCUUUAGUUUAGUUUAGCAAAGCCUUCAAUGAAUUGUUUUUUUAAAUUAUUAUUUAAAUCAAAUAAAUAGGAAUGAAUUCCUGCAAAGAAAAUAUGCACGACAGUCAGUCAACACCGAAACGUCGUAGUCGUGAAAAUCUUGGUUUAGGAAAAGUUUCAAGAGCAUCCAAACUUCCAAAACUGAAAGUUAGAGAUGCUUACCUUGUGAAUAGUACGCCAAUAAGUUCCUGUGAAACUUUUUCGAUGGUAGAAAAAUGUGAAUCGCCAUGUUUACCGUGCAACCAAGUCGAGUAUAAAAUGUGCGAUUCCACGAGCAACAGUUCCAUAUGCAGCGACAUACCGGGUUCGCCAGGCGUCUUGGAGUCCGGCUUUCUUAAUAAUCUUGAGAACUGGGAAUCAUUUGUAGGCAGUAAGCAUAACAAUAGUGGUAACACAAAGGUCGAAAUCGAAGACAACUCAAUAAAUAUGGACGACAUAUUCCAUUCGAAAUUAGAACAAGAUUUAAUCAAAAAUCAUUUAGAUAGAACAUUAUUAACUUCUAGAUGUGAAAAAGUAUUUAGAGAUGAAAUUGAAGAGAGCUUUGAUAUGAUAAAUCAAUCAAUAUGUCAUAUAAAUAACGAGAAUAGAAGUUCUUUAUUUGAGACAAAAGAUUCAUUUUUGCUUGAUAUAAGGGAAAGUGGUAUUGAAGCUAUGCAAAAAGUCGCAAAUACAAAUGAUUUGCUGAAACCACAGUUAAAUCAAGAAUUCUUAAAACCAAAUACUUUUUAUGGGCUUCCAAAUAUAGUGAAAGGAUUGUUUAAAACUUAUAGGAAUAUUGAAAAGUUUUAUGACUGGCAGGAGGAGUGCCUUAAUUUAGAUGCAAUAAGAGAGAGACGCAACCUCAUCUAUGCUCUGCCUACGAGUGGAGGCAAGACCUUGGUGGCAGAAGUGCUCAUGUUACGAGAGGUGCUCAACAGGAAGCAAAAUGCACUGUUCAUUUUACCAUUUGUUGCUAUUGUACAAGAAAAAAUAUGGUCAUUAGCACCAUUUGCUCUGCAACUAGAUUUCCUGGUAGAGGAGUAUGCAGCAGGCAAAGGACACAUACCUCCAAAGAAGAGGCGCAAAAAGAACAGCAUUUAUAUUGCUACCAUUGAGAAAGGUCUAGCCUUGAUCAGGAGUCUGGUUGAGCUGGGUAGAUUGAAUGAACUAGGACUGAUUGUGGUAGAUGAGCUACAUCUAAUAGGGGAGGCUGGGCGAGGCAGCACACUUGAAACAUUACUGACCACUGUCAUAUUCGCUAAUCAGGGCAUACAAAUAGUAGGCAUGAGCGCCACAAUAGGCAACCUCCCCGACAUCGCGCGGUUCCUGAACGCCGACGUGUACGAGAAGCAGUUCCGGCCGGUGGAGCUGACCGAGUACGUCAAGCUCGGUGACAUGCUGCAUCGCAUCGUGUGGGACGGCGGGGCCAUGGAGAUAUUUCCUGAAAGGCAGCUGGCUUUUGACUACUCAGCAGCGGGCGCCACCCUAGACCCGGACUAUCUGGGCGGCCUUGUGUCGGAGGUGGUACCACAAGCGUCCUGCCUCGUGUUCUGCCCGACCAAACGUAACUGUGAAAACGUCGCCGCGCUGCUUUGCAAGUUACAACGACGCGAGAUGUCGAGCCACCGCGCGGCCGAGCGCGCCGCCCUGCAAGAGGCCCUGCGCGCCGAGGGCGCCGCCGCGGGCCUGCUGGCGUGCGUGCGCGUGGGCGUGGCCUUCCACCACGCGGGGCUGGCGGCCGACGAGCGCGCCGUGCUCGAGCACGCCUUCAGGUCUGGCGUGAUAUCCGUCGUGUGCUGCACGUCGACGCUGGCGGCCGGCGUGAACCUGCCGGCGCGGCGCGUCAUCGUGCGCGCGCCGCGCGUGGGCCGCGAGCUGCUGUCGCUGGGCGCCUACAAGCAGAUGGUGGGCCGCGCCGGCCGCGCGGGCGUCUGCGAGGCUGGCGAGAGCAUCAUAAUCUGCGGCGCCGGCGACUGGCCCGCGCUGCGCCGGGCGCUGGGCGCGGGGCUGGCGGGCGCGCGCAGCCGCCUGCGCCCGGCCGCGGGCUCGCUGCUGCUGAGCGCCGUGGCGCUGGGGCUGGCCGCCGCCCGCCACCAGCUGCGCGCGCUGCUCGGCGCCUCGCUGCUGGCCGUCGCGCCCGCCGACAGUGGUUUGGACUUGGACGAAGUAUUCGACGAAACUAUUCACGCGUUGCUGAAGAGCGGUGCUUUGGAAGUGGUCGACAAGGGCUCUGACGAUGGCAACUUCUGCGUCUCCGUCAGUAAACUCGGCAGGGCGGCUAUUAAAGGCUGCAUGGAGCUGGACGUGGCCAAGCAGUUGCUGCUAGAGCUGGACGUGGCGGCGCGCAGCCUAGUGGUGAUGGGCAGUUUACACCUGCUACACCUGGUGACGCCGCGCGACAGUGGCGUGCGCCCCGACUACCGCCACUACUAUGCGCUGUACUGCGACUUGGACGAGGAGGGUAUUCAGACGGCGAAGAUUCUGGGCAUCACGGAGAUGAAUGCCGUACGAAUGAUGACUGGGAAGCCGAUAACGAAUGUUCCGGAGAGUGUCCUGAGUAGAUUCUAUAUUGCAAUGAUGCUGCGUGAUCUGUGGAGACAAGUUCCCGUUCCGAAAGUUGCUGAGAAGUUCGGCCUCCCGCGCGGCACGGUGCAGGCGCAGCUGGCGGCGGCGGGCGGCUUCGCGGCCAGCGCCCAGCGGCUGUGCGAGGAGCUGGAGCCGCUGUGGCCCUUCCGCCUGCUGCUGGGCGAGCUGGCGCGCCGCCUGCGCCACUGCGCCGCGCCCGACCUGGAGCCGCUCAUGGAGCUGCCGGCCGUCAAGAGGGCGCGGGCGUUACAGCUCGUCCGAGCGGGCUACAAGCGGAUCGAAGACAUCGCCAAGGCGUCCGUCGACGAGCUGGCCAACAACGUGGCGCAUCUGUCCCGCUCUGCGGCAGACCACCUCAUUAGCGCCGCCAGGGUAAUGCUUAUUGAAAAGGUAGAGAACUUACGCGCCGAGGCCGAAGAUGUGAUGGAAGAACUGAAGCUUUAACGAUCAUAAGAAAUCAUAAUAUAUUCGAAAUCAAGUCUGACUAUUACCGAUUUAAAUAGAAUAGAAAUGGAAAUGUUUCAUUGCAAAUAAAAUAAUGUGGAUUGAUGAAAUGUAAUGCAAUAAAUUGUGUAUAUAUA